GCAACAUGAUUCUUGCCCCUCGCCUGUGAGACGAUGUGAGCGCCCCCUGUCUGACAGAGCUAAACACUGGUCUUCCCAUGGAGGAGAGGAGGAGGCCAGAGAAGAAGAUGCUGUCAUCCUCUCCUUAAGCGAAUGAGCGCGUUAAUGGGCUCAUUUUUAAACCUUCUUGCGCAAAUAAGCCGGUGAUCUUUGCGCUCUGUUUGAGUCGUUCAGGACGAGGACGAUGAUGAUGAUGGCGUCCAGCUGCACAGUGCAAGCCGUGCAGGAGUUCCUGUCGGAGAGAGGAGGGAGGGUCCAACAGAUGGAGCUGAUCGAUCAUUUCCUAUCGCUGAAUGAACAGUCGAAGGAAGGGGUGGAUCGCGAAGCGCUGAAAAGCAUCGUUGACAGCGUGGGUUUCGUGAAGGUGGAAAACGGCGUGAAAUUUGUGUGUUUGAACAGUGAAGGCAGCGGGGCGUCGGUGAUGCGUACGGACGUAGAUGGCCACGAUGGUGCGGAGUGCAAUGGCAACAUCCAAGAGACGCUGGACAACAACUGUGUCAACGGCAAUCAUGAUAAGGGCGACCAAACAGGGGUCCACUUUCCACUGGACAAUGACAAACAGACAAAUGGGAAUGAGAAACCUGCAACCCCAUCCCAGAGCAAGACCAGCACAGGAGUUCCUACCCCUGGUGGAGGGGGUGAAGUGAAGCUGAGAGAUAGAAGGAGGCGAGAGUCAGCUCCAGUUCUUGGGAUGCCAGAUCUCGACCAGGCCCAACCCGGAGGAUCUCAUAACCAGCAGACUAGAGGGGCACGCAGGGUGUCUAAAGGGUCACAGCGGGCCAUGCUGACCAGCUGCCUGUCUGAAGACAGUGCUCUGGAGGGACUGGACCAUAUAGGAGAUAUCCAAACACCCAAAGGAAGUCGCAGGAACUUCAUAGAGCUGAUGAUGAGUAGUUCUCCUCAGGUGCGGAGAUCUCUGAUCAACCGUGGCUCACGCCUCCGGGACUCAGUAAAGAGCGAAGGCGACUCGGCGUCACUCAUCUCCUCAGCCACUGACGAGGACUGCGCCUCAGUAACCCUGGACCCUCUAGAGCACGAGUGGAUGCUGUGCGCCUCAGACGGCCUGUGGGACAGCCUUCAGCCCCUGCUUGCUGUCGAACCCAGCCUGGUGACCAAGAGAGACUUUGUGACUGGUUUUACCUGCCUCCACUGGGCAGCUAAGCAGGGCAAAGCUGAGCUGCUGUCUCAGCUGCUCACCUUUGCCAAAGAGAACACUAUACCUGUGAAUGUGAAUGUGAGAUCAAGUGCUGGUUACACACCGCUGCACCUGGCCGCCAUGCAUGGACACACCCAGGUGGUUCGUGUCCUGCUGUCAGACUGGGAUGCAGACCCUGAAACUCGAGAUUACAGUGGGAGGAGACCAAUGCAGUACCUGUCCCCACCGCUGGCCGCUGAUCUGCUGGAAGAAGGAGUGGUUACCUCACCGGGACCUGAGUCAGACAGUGAGAACAACAACAGUGGCAGCGGCGGAGGUCGGGGUUGGAGAUUUUCCAAAGUCUUCCAAGGGAAUCUGAACCCGCUCCGGUUGCUGAAUUCACCAACAGAGGCAUCAGAAGAUGGAACGGGGAACUGGAAGAGUAAAGGGGGGAUGCAGAGGAAGACGUCUUUGAGCCGACUGAAUGCCCGGCUGCACCGAGGACGCCACAGAGCCCAGAUCAUCCACAGCGCCUCCUUCAGGGACACAGGAGAGGUGGGAAGAGGAGAGGAGCUACAGAGCAGUCCUCUUCGAACGAGACCACUGUCCAACCUGUUUGGAUAAAUCGACACCACUCUAAGCCAGCGACACAGAGCUGUACACCAUUCCCAGGUGGUUUUAUUUGUAGCUUAGGUACCUUUUAUUAUCUGACAGGUCAGAUAUUUUAGUGACAAAAUAUAACAGUGCAGAAACUAACACAUUUUACAAAAUUAUGUUUUCUAAAAUUCUAGUUUAGUUUUGUUCCUAUUGCAGUUAUUGUUUGUCACUGAGAGAAGGGUACAGUCACGUGACAGUUUAUUUGCCUUGGCUAGACUGUGAAUUCUCUCAAACUUGAUUUUGUUUUGACUUUUUUUCGCCCUCUAUUUAAUUUGGACAACUAACAUCACACUGGGUGUCCUAGUUUAAAUAUGUUACAGUACAGUUAUGUUCAUAAAAAUGCAAAUGCAACAAGCAGUAUUGUAGAAAGUUCUCACUUUGAAGCACUUUGGUUUGUUUCCUCACCGUGUUUCUGUUUGCAGAGUAAUAUAUUUACACACACUAUUAGUCUGAAAUUAGAUGGUGCUGAAGUUUUUUUUAGUACAUUCCUGUAAUGUGAACAAAUAUUUUUUUAUUUUUUAAAGUGGCAGAUUUUAAUAUUCAGACAGUUGUAAUCGCAGAUUUUUUAUAAGAAGCAACAGUGUACAGUCAUCAUGUUUGCACUUGUCACUUUUUAAAAUUGGUAGUAGAAAAAUCCAUUUGGGUCCCAGAUCAUAUCUAUGUUUUAAAAUUCUAGGCAUAACAUCAAAAGAGGAUCAGAUUUUUACCCGUUUAAAUGCACAGUUAACUGAUAUUCAAAAGGG